GUUUAUUAAAAAUAGGGUAGUCACUGUUUUUUCAUCGAUUCAGUUGGCAUGAAAAAUACUAAAUUUAUUAUUUAAAAUACAAUCUGGAGAUAAAAAUCAAUUUAGUUUUUUUUUUUUUAGAUUCUCCUAAAAAGAAAAUUGUACAACCAUUAGAUUUUAUUGUAACUUUUUACUCUUUAUUUACCCUCCAAGAGCAAUAAUGGUAAUAAAGUAUGAAAUUAUUAUAGUUCAUUGUGAUGGAAUAAAAAAAAACUGGUCUACUGGGCAGAUAUCUUGCGCAUCUGGUGUUAUAGCAAAUACAAAAUUAAAAAUGUAUUUACAAAAUAAAAAUUGCCAUUUAAAAACAGUUUUAAUUGACCUCAUUGGCAUUCGGUAAAACAAAUUGGUAAUUUGUACAAGGCCAAAGUUAGACUUAAUUUUCUGACGGUGGGGGGAGGAGUGGCUUCACAUUUGUUGAACGACAACAACUUGCACUACUGAAUUGCGUUAUGAAUUUUCAACCGACAAAACAUGAAAUGAUCGACAAUUUGAUAGGUUUGGCUUUGUUGACGUGACGGACAUAACAACGGCCAACGCCGUCACACAGCCAAAGUUGUCAUUGGCGAUCGCCUAAUGGCUGCUAAUGCCUAUGGACUGUGUUCUCUCCGAGCAAGUCGUACACGGUUGCGACUUUCGUUCAUUGGCGAUUUGCUGAAAUACGAUCUCUCGCAACACGGUUAUGUUCUAAACAUAGUCAUUAGACACAUAUAGGUAAAGGUAAUUAGGUAAUAAAGAAUUAACGGUAGUAAUAUUUUGCAAACAACGGACGGUUGCAUCUGAACCGCAUUAUUUAUACUGUAUUUAGUUCAUCUGUUUUCCGCGGGUUCAGUCCACUGAACUCCGGUGAUACUUGCCCGGUACGAUAUAUUUUCUGCGGUUGGCAUUAUUGCUUGUGUUAUCGUCGAAGGUGCCGAGACAGUUCAGUAGUGAUAGUACAGUAUCAGCCACGGACUGAAUUAAUGUAUUUACCGCCGUCCGCCGCGAUCUAUCUUGAAUCGUGCCUGUGACAGCAACAAGCGGUGAUAACCGAAGUGAAUCGAACAGUCAAUCGGAGUCGUCGAAUGAAUUGUGACAAUUAUUGUCUCCGACGUUCGGCGAUAAUUCCACAGAUAUAUUAGCACAGGUAGUAAAAAAAAUAUACGCUACACGCGAGCUUAUUGUUAAUUUCACCGUCACGAACAUGUCCCAAUUGGACGCGAACAAAAACAGACAGCAAAUAUUGGAUACUUGGAAAGACGUGGUGGAUGACAAGACGCCGACCAACUGGGCCGUCUAUGGCUAUGAGGGUCCAACCAACAUACUUAAGUUUAUUAGCCAAGGAGAAGGGGGAAUCGAAGAAAUGAAAGAAGACUUAAAUAGCUCUAAAAUAAUGUAUGCAUUCUGCCGAGUGUUGGACCCGAAGACUAGCCUUUAUAAAUGUGUCUUAAUAAAUUGGCAAGGAGAAGGAGCGCCUAUUGUCAGAAAGGGAACUUGUGCUAAUCACAUUCGUGAUGUAUCUAACAUUUUAAAGGGGGCACAUGUUACUAUAAACGCACGUAAUGAUGAUGAGGUGGAUACAGAUAUAAUACUAUCUAAAGUUUCUAAGUCAUCGGGGUCAGUUUACUCAUUUAAAGAAAGACUUGACCAAUCGCAGCCACAAGAGAAAAUUGGUACUUCCUACAAAAGAAUUCAACCUAAUUUAGAAAUAAAUUCAUCGGAAAGGGAUAAAUUUUGGGCAGCUGAAGAAGAAAAAGAAAAAUUAAGACAAGAAGAAGAACGAAAGAAAAAAGAACAAGAGCAGAAAAAAAUAGAGGAUGAAAGACUAUUGCGAGAAGAUGCUGAUAGAAUAAGAAGAGAUUCAAUAAUAAAUGAAGAAAUUCCGAAAACUGAACCAAAACCUACUGUUGCUGAAGCAGAACCAGAAAAGCCAGAAGAUGUUAAAAUUGAAUCAACAAAACCUGAAUUAGUCGCUGAAGAAAUUGAAAUUGAAAAUCAAAAUGGACAAAAUAAUGUCGAGGAUGAUUUAGGAAUUAAAGCUGAAGCAUUGUACGAUUAUCAAGCAGCCGAUGAUACAGAAAUUUCAUUUGAUCCUGGUGACAUAAUUUGUCAUAUUGAUAAAAUCGAUCAAGGCUGGUGGCAGGGUUUGAGCCCUGAUGGUACAUUUGGUCUAUUUCCAGCCAAUUAUGUUCAACUACUUCCUUAAAAUAGUACUAAAUACUAGAUUCCUUGUUCUCUCAUUUAUACCAUAAUAAUUACUAAUUAGUAUUUAUAUCUGCGAUUUUAUUAUUAAUUUAUAUUAAUUCAUCACAAUAGGUAAUAAUUGGUUGUGAAAACAUGUUUGAAUCAUAUUUAA